CGUUAAAGUUGAAUCGAUUAUUAGAUCUUCGGGAGUAUUUUGAAUACCGCUUAAAAAUCUGUGAAGCAUGGCUUAAGAACUUUAAAGUGCACGCAUUAGAUUUCAGUAGUGUCGUUGCAUUUGACGAAGCCUAGAGAAAUACUUUCUGAUCGUUCAAAUGUUUAACUUGUUUACCCAUAUAUUAUGUAAUGGUUAUGUACGGUCACGCAGUCUCUUCCGCGUGUUUUUUUUUUUUUUUUAAUAUAAAUCUGUCGGUCUGAUUAAUACUGUUCUGUAUUAAAGUUAAGGCAUCGGGCGAUAAGAAUCAUCAUUUGAAUCUCAGCUCGUGACUACUGUGAUUUUAAAUUGUAGAGCAGAGGUAAACGGUAGGAAAAGUAGCACAGGUUAUGACUGGUAGAAGACGCUGGAACACUUUCUAAGGGAAAUCGUUGUAUGUUCGACUUUGCCUUCUCUUAAGUUGCAGGCUCUGUAUGCGGCUGUACUGUCGACAAACCGUGAGCAAUGGAUAUAAACCUGGUGCGCAUAGUGUUCAUUUUCAAUAGUUUAUUUACGGGACUGAUAGGAGUGCUGAUUGGUGCGUGCGAGCCUUAUUUGCCAAUUGUUAUAACGCGAACUUAUUGCUAUGGUAAGCACGCGGUGACUGCAGAUCAACCGCUUGUUAAAAAAGUGGAAGUGCCAAAGAGAUGGUUCGCUCACUUUUACAUUUUUGCUGCCCCGGCUUCGACCUGUAUGCUUCUUCUGGUGAUUAACCGAUAUUGGUAUAACAUCGAUGCACCCCAGUUUGUUUACAACAUCUUGGACUUUUUAUUGGGAUCCUCGAGAAAAUCAUUAGUGCCUCCGGAACGCACCUUCUUGGCUGCGAUACUAUUGACAAUUCAGUGUUGGAAAAGAUUAUAUGAAACGUGCUUUGUCAGUGUCUUCAGCGAUUCAAAGAUUAACAUAUCUCAUUACAUUGUCGGUUUUGUACACUAUAUCGGAACGAUAAGUUCUGUUAUUGGAGAGUCCAGAGGUUUCGUUAGAGGCAGUGCAGGUAAUUUUCACUGGGAUGGUAUAAGCUACACGUUGCGCUUCUGUGCUGCUAUUUUCCUCUGGGCGUCUUAUUGGCAAUUGAAAACAAAUUAUACUCUUGUCAGAUUGAGGAAAAAUGAGAAAGGCGUAGUUGUUACAAAGAGUUACAAAAUCCCUAGAGGUGAACUGUUUGAUUACAUCUCGGGACCUUUACAGUUUACGGAGAUUUUAAUGUAUCUGGCCCUAUCGAUUAUACUUUGGCCAUCUACUACAUACCACUGGAUAUUUAUUUGGGUUUUAAUCAACCAGACAUCGUGCGCUUUUAUGUCUCAUCGAUGGUACUUACAGACGUUCAAGAAUUAUCCGAAGGAACGGAAGCGUUUAAUACCGUUCAUUUUAUGAAAACUGGCACGACGAAUUCAAUUUAUCAACGUGGAAAAUAACAGACUGUUCUGAUGUUGUGAUAAAUAUUCUUCUGAAAACUAAUUUAUUGAUGUAAACUGUUUUAAGUUAAUAGGUACUAAAGCUGGGGCGUGUACUAGGAUGUCGAGCCAAUGAAUUGUGGCUGAAACGUCGCCAAAGAGAAUAAUUUUUACUCCAAUAAAGGAACCUCGGCAAUCUUUCAGUA